CCCGUUAUUCCAGAUCUAGCCACGUUGGCCGAGAAUAUUCCAACCCGGGAACUCAAAAUGUCCACCACGCUUCGAGACCAGUUCCUGAGCACACUGAGGAUCCAGCCAGGGGCCGAAUCCACGGCUGAAGCGGUAGCAAUCGUACCCCAAGACUGGCAGGCUACAGGGGACUGGUCGUUCAUCAGCUUGCUUUGCCACCGAGCUUUCAACACCUUCCGAAACCAGGCAGCCAUUCAAAAUUUCGGUAUAUACUACUAUGGAGACUUCGGCCCUGGGGACACCUUGACUGCUGUUUCUCGAACGGUAGUGCGGGGACGAUUGACAUGGCUGCAGGCAACCCGAGAUAGUGUGCUGGUGGCCAUCGCAACCGCCUUGUACGACGAUCUUUAG